AUGAAUCUAAAAGAGGUGAGCCAUUCUGUUAUGUAUUCUGUUAGAGAUUUUUUUCCGAGUUUUUUCCUUGUGAACUGCUAUAUGAAUGGGCUGUUAAUUGUGUUUUGGAAUUUAGAAAUUCUGCAGGUUAGUUUUUUGUUAAGUUGGGAUUCGCUUACAGGGGAGUUUGGAAAAUGGUUGGGUGAAAUUCUAUUUCAGGCUGAUUAUUUGGACUAUGACGAAGGUUUGAAACAUGAAGGACAUGAAAUGUUGGUACAUGAAGAUCUCAGAAUUUGA